AAAGGAUACCUUCUGCAAACGGUUUCACUUUUUUUUCUACCCUGGGCAGGCGAUUGCAGUGAAUGCAAAUAGUUCAAGAAUCGUUAGAGACUCGGAUUUCAGACGACGAUCUGGUGUUAGCAAACGGUAGCAAAAACGUAUCGCUCGCGGGAAUAAAUUAAGACUGGUGGUGAACGUUUUGAUAAUUUUCGAUGAAAGAAUAUUCGUCUUUUAUUACUGAGUUAUGUUAAAAGAAAUCGGUCGGUUUCGUGUCAAUAAAAAAUGUUGAUAAGAGUGCCAUGAUCCAUACUAUGACUUGUGAAGACGUGAUGAGUGAUUACGGGGAUUUAUAUUGCUUUAACUCUAUUUAUUAAAUAAAGAUUUCGUCCAAUUUUUCGCUAAAAAUCAAAUACUCAAGUGCAUAUAUUCAAGAUUUAAUUUAAUUCCGCGGUUAGAUCUGUUUGGACCGGAUAAUUUCUAAUCGACACAGUUUAAACAUUUCAAUAAUUUUACCAAGAAUGUUAAAUCUAUAGACAUUAACAUUUUAAAUCAAGUGUCCAACGGUAUUUACAGUUUUACAAACAUUGCUAAAACCGAUUAAUUCUCAAGCAGUGCCUGAUGUUGCUCGAGAUGCAUUUUACAGUGAAAGACACGUGUGCCAAACAGUUUUCCUCGCGAUUAUUGAACUCUAGUGCGUCUACAUAAUCAUUCGCGCUUUAAAUCAGAGAAGCUGGUAAUACAACUCGAAGCAAUCUCUGCGAAGAGUCUUCCGAACGAGUUUUUGACAAUGGAUUCUCAACAGCUCGUCGAUACAGCCUCUCAAAACAGUCAAGACAUCGUUUUACCAAAACCAGCGAGUAGCACUCCAAGGCACAGCAUUGAUGCGAUCCUCGGACUGGCUAGCCAUAAAAGAACUCAUCAGGAAAUGGAGGAUACUAGUCGCGACACACAAGAAAAUACUGGUGAGAACAGCUGCAACUCCACCGGCGGCGGCAGCGACGAGGAACUCGGCGCGGGCUGCGGGGACGACAUAAACGGCAACGGGGGCAAGAAGAAGCAUCGUCGUAACCGGACGACCUUCACGACCUACCAGCUGCACGAGCUCGAGAGGGCGUUCGAAAAGUCUCACUACCCGGACGUCUACUCCAGGGAAGAGCUUGCCAUGAAGGUCAAUCUCCCGGAAGUUCGUGUUCAGGUCUGGUUUCAGAAUAGACGAGCCAAGUGGCGCAGACAGGAGAAAAUGGAGGCUGCGAGAUUAGGUUUAAGCGAAUAUCACCAUGCUGCUAAUAUGAGGAACGUCGCCGGUCCAGCCCUAGGUUUGCCAGGAGAUCCUUGGCUAGCGCCGCCAGGAUUGCUCAGUGCGCUUCCUGGUUUUCUCGCUGCGCCUCAUACGGGAUAUCCUAGUUAUCUAACGUCACCCAGGCGAUUGCCAUCACCGCCAAAUGUAGGCGCUGUGACUAACCCUGUUCCGGGAUCGCUUGCCAGCAGUAUGGCGAGCAUAAGUGCCGGCAGUCACGUACAACCACCGCCACCGAGUCCACCGGGACACGAUCCUCGCACCUCAAGCAUCCAAGCGCUCAGGAUGCGGGCCAAGGAACAUGUUGAGAGCAUCACCAAAGGCCUACAGAUGGUCUGAAGGUUAACGGAAAAUUCGUCAAGGGCGCGCAUCGCUACCAGCCGCAUCGGCCUCACACUCGUGAUAGCGUGACAAGGAAGCGGGCAACGCGAGUAAGGAAGCGCGGCUUCGCCCCGAUAUUCCAAAUCCUAAUGAAUCGCCUAAGCAGCGAGAGCGGUAUGUCGACCGAUAAGAGCGAGAGAGUACGUUCCGUGAUAUAGAAAAAUCGGCGACGGUGCUGGACGUAACGAAAGUACAAGAAAUUUGCAAGAGAAAACGGCGAUCGUCCAACCAGGUAAUAACUCUGGUUGAAAAGAGAAGAAAGGGCGCGGUACUAGUUCUUGGUACCAAUAAUUAUCAAAGGAAUAAUCUAAUGUUCACUGGUGACAUAUUAAAUGACUAAAAAUUACAACAACUGAUGAUCGUGGAGACAAUCAGUGUGAUAAUUGGCAAGUAUCUAAUCAAUAAAUAUGUGUUCCUGCUUGAAAAUGGUCUAAUUACACACUGAAAUAUUUCCGUGACAAAAUUUCAACUAAAAAAUAUCGAAGAAAGAACACAAGAAACGCAUAAAAAGAUGCCUAAAAGAUUAUAAAAUUAAUUUGCGUUAUUUGUAAUGUUUUUGACAACAAAUAAUCAAAAUUAUUAAAUAGCCGGCCGAUAGAUAAAAGUUCACGCUUUUGGCAAAUCAUCUUUUGGGCGGAUUUCAUUCGUGAAGAAAAUUUGCUCGAGAUUUGCUCUAAGUCGGCAUUGUGCAAUAGACGAAGAAAAUUAUGUUGCGCAAAUUUGUCGCACAAUUGAGGUAAAAAUAAAAAAGAUAGCUUCUGAUUUACUUUUACAACUUAUUGCAAAUGCUUGCGUGUCGAGUAUUAUGCUAAAUUAUUUUUUAAAACGUUUAAAAAAUAUUGCCAUAAAAAUAUGUAAUAGUUUUUCCAGAAUAAAAAUAUUUAGCUCGAGAAAGAUCGAAAUAAACAUUAUCAUUAUAACAGUUUGAUUUUAAAUUUGUCUAAAUAGUUUGUUAAUUCAUUAAUAUUUGAUUGAGUUUAUAAAAGAUGCCGGGCAUACAUUUAAAGAUGCAGUGACACAAGUUGGCAGCCGAUAUAUUUCUUAUUACUCAAUGCUACCCAAUAAUUAGUAGCAUGUGCGCGUAAUGAGAACUAGCCAACGAUAUUCCUCAUAAAAUAAUUCACGGCUAUCAAAUAAGUGAACAGAUGUCAAUGAAUUAGUACGCGAUUUACGUGCGGGAUAUUUAAAUCAUCACUCAAUACAUAAACUAUUUAGAGAGAUAAUAAAUAACAGCUCUUAACGGGCUAUCUAUUUAGAUCGCGUGUAAAGUGAUAAUUUAGAUAUUCUGCGCGUAAAGAUUCGACUUUGUAUUAAACAUACACGGAAUCUCGAUCGUCUCUUGCUCCUUCGUUCAAACGCGCUCUGCGUCGCGUUGCUCAUUUGUUGCAAUAAAAAAAUCAUAAUAAAAAUAUCGCUUCAGUUUUUGAUGAGAAAUAUCGAUCUGUUUAACAAAUACGCUUAUUGUCGAACAUCUUGGAUAUUAGUGCAUAAUAAGUAUCUUAUAAUUCGGGCAACGCUAUCACCUCGAAUUCUGUUAGUUGUGCGCUCUGUUAUAAACAACAUCCGAGUGAAGCAAUAACGGUGUCCUUUAAAAGAUUAACCGAUCAAAUUGAGUAACGCUUCGCGAAGUGUUUCCGAUUCGUCCUCGUCGACCGAGUAUUUCCUCGCAACUCGAGGCAAAUUGCGUUCAACCAUCGUAGCAGACUACGCGCGGCCGAAACAUUUGGUUAAACAUGGAACGUAAAUCAGAAGUCGAUCGAUCCCUUGAAAAUCUUAUGGAUCGGCGAUUCUCACGAACCCGAUGGCAAUCAUCGAUUGCGUAUCGGCGAACUAGCGAAAUAUCUCUUGUAGAAUAUAGGAUAAAGACACACGAGGAGGCGGAAAAAAAGAAUUUUGACAUAAACAAUAUUCUGCAGUAUUAAUACAUUAAGGCAAAGAAUUGUGCAUAUUAUCUAGAUGCCAUCACGGUAUGUAAAUUCCGGAAAGCGCCGAGGAUGAUUCGCCACGCGUUUCUGAUCAUAUUUGACAAUUGAUGUGAAGUUUGAAUCGCGAUGUGCAAAAUCGUAAAGUACUAUUUUACAUUUUCCAAAUACGAAAAUAUUGAAGUUGUUAUGCAUUAUUGUUACUUUCUCAGACUAAUUCGAUGAUUUCUUUCAGUGAUUACAGUAUGUCUAUUUUUUGAAUAUGAUACAAAUUUUUAUUCGAAUAAUAAGUCUUUAUAUUCAAUAUAUCUUCUAUUUUGAUGUAUUACUAUUUACGAUUUUGCAGAUCAUAUUUCACGAAUAUUUAUACUCGAUCAUUCACAAGUGAUGGCGAUCAGCCUCCGCGAUCCGUAAACGAUAACUCGUAGAAAACGAAGAAAUGUAGUUAGUCACUUCCCGGACGUCUAUUUGUAUAUAUACCCGCUCGUGACAAAAUAAAAUUCGAUGUACAUAUUUAAUCGUACCAUAUCGUUUGAAAACAGGGCCUCCUUUAUUGAA